UUCUAUCUUACAGUUACAUGCUAAUUUCUCACAUUAAGAUCACUAGCCCCCGCCACUUCUUUAUGACCCUUGGGCUACACCCAUUUAUUGUCCUGUACUUACCACUCCAAUCUCGAAGACUGCAUGGAGUGAUGUACAUACUAUGAUCUUGUUUCAACAACAUAUCUUUGAUGAUCACUGGACUGAUGCUGCCUCUAGACUGGAGCUCCGGGGAGCUUUUCGCCAGAUCGCACUGUAUAUUUUCUGUUAUUACUGUAGAUGUCAUGAAAAAUGCAUAUGCGUUCAGUAUUUUCAUUGUUUAGGUUGUCUCCUGCCCGAGCCACCACCCCACACCUCCAACUUUUUUUUCUCCGACCAUAAUUCUACCUUAGUUGCCUUUCACAAUCACCUGUUAACACCCAGCAUCAAGCUACUGCGUGUCACCCAUGCAGCCCACUUGUCAACCUAAGCUGUCUCUCAGCCAACCAAGCCCUCUGCUCUUUCCAGUCAAAGUGAAGUCUAACUUACGUAGGUUCUCAAACCCGCGUGUUCCUCUGUCUCUCAAUAUGAUUCCAAAUAUGCAUCUCUCCAAGCUGCAUUGCACACUUUCCAAUUGACAUGUACUGUUUAAUUACUAUGUUGCAACAACACACAAAAUGUGAAUUCUGUGUAAAAAAAAAACCCAGCCUUAUACAAAAUGCAAAACCUCAAGGUUCUGAAGAAUUGCAUUGUGGUCAUCUUGUCUUAUGUCACCAUAGAAAAACUGAGAACAUGUGACCAACUGCCAGGAAGCAAGCAGUGAGACAUCUGUAGACCGAUUUUCUGUUGCUAUGGGUUUUCAUCCAAUUUUUUUAUAUUCCUCCAUUUAUAUUUAUACCAUUUUUUCCAAACCAAAAAAAAAUAUUUUGAAUAACUUUGGUGAAACGUGUCACAGCAUGUCAAAAAUGCAUAAAAAUGGUUGUGCUAAUUCAAUAACUGUUGAUAGCACAAUUACAAACAAUUAUGUUUUAAGAAAUAUAACAUUCUGCAUCAGAUUUCUGAACAAGAGAAACUUGUAACUGUGUGGAGUAUAACGCGUUACAGUUGCUGCCACAUAUAUACGCAUCAGUUUAGUCAGGAUUGAGUCGUUAAAUUAUGCAUCGAGUGCAGUUGCAUCAAAGGCGUGCAAAUUCGUGCUUUUUCCCUCUUCAAAAAUUUCACAUAAAUUAUUAUGGACUGCAUCUUCGCACAAAGAGGAACACUGAGGUACUACCUCUAUUCCAACGAGAUCUGAUUAUGUCAUAUACCAUUUAAAAUGUGCACCUAAAUGAUCUCUGCUUCCCAGAUGGUAAACACUACAUGGCAAAGCACUCAUAUGAACAUUUUAUUUAUAUAUGUAUUAAGAAUCCAUUAAAUGUAAGGAUGCUUACACACUCCAGUUUUCGAGUUGUACUGUAUUUGCCUUCCCUGCAACAAAAUACGUAUAACCCUCUUAUUUGGUCUCUAAAUGUAAUACAAUUAAUGUGUUGAACAGUUUGUCUUACCUCAGGAAGUCUCAUUUCCUACUUGAGUUGUGACAUAUGUAGAGUACUCGUUUUGUGAAAAAGGGGAAGGCGUGGGAACAGCAGGAAAAUUUACGUGUUUCAAAACUCACACGUCGCCUUCCAGAUCGUAAUUUCCAUGUCAUAAUUUGACAUUGCAGAAAAUAAAGUUAUACAUUUGUUUUACUUAACUUUACCUUUAGAGAUGGGCAGUGGGAUGAAUGUAAUUGCAUUACACAUGGUAAUGUUGAUAGAAAAAGGUUACGAAACGAUCAGCAUUUGUGCAGUAGUAAAUGCAUAAGAAAACAAUACGAGAUUUGUCGUGAAACCUCAAUGAUCUGGCCACAUUUAAUCGUUUAACCCCUCAAUCACCCGACAUAGCCAAAUAAAUCAAACUGCCAUGUGUGCAAGCAUUAAACACACCAAUUAUUAUUGACUGGCUCAAAAGUGAAUGGAAGGACAAAUCUCACUACGAAAUUAACAAUUAGAUGCAGCGUUUAGCUUGAAACCACGCACAGCAUUCUCAGUUCAUGAAACCUGGAAAGUCAGAAUAACCGUGUCGCCUGACCUGGUGUCUUAAACAGGUGGUAUCACGACGUGGCCAAAAAUGAAUUAUGAAUAUUGGCUGAAAAAAACCUACAUGGUAUGGGAAGAGCUGGUCUCCGUGCCAUAAGUUAGUUGGAGCUCAAGCAGGUUUGGCCUGGAACCUCCCGCUCACAGCCAGUGGGGUCAAGGCACAAGGGAAGAAGGGUGAGCACAUAGCAGUCCCCCGUUGUCUUCCCACAAAGUGGUAACUCCUUUUAUUGGCCCCUAGAAGUAUAACGAGCUAACUCCUGACCAGGAUUUGAAAGCGUGUGACUCUCCAAGUGCAAACCGCGCACAAACCCCUAUGCCACCCGAUCAAAUGAGUGAGCAAUAAUAUAAAUGAUUACAUAUAUUUAUUGUUCUUCUUUGGUUCUUUCGGUAAAGAACCAAAGAAGAUGAAUCAUUGCAGUCACGAAAGCUUUAAAUCGAAAUAUUUAUUGUUGUUGUUACAUUUGCAACAAGAUUAAAUGCCAUUGCGUGUAUCUGCACCAUCACGCUUGGAAUACAUUAUACUCAGAUGGUACAGUAGUUUGAAGUGCUUUAGCCACGUUCCACAGCAUUGAAUUACUGUACUGUAUAUGAAGGUACAGUAUAGAUUCUCGCAGCUAAACAAAACACGCCACCACAGAAAACAGGAACGACGGCAAUUACUCAUGUUGUAAAGAUAAUAGCAUGGCUGUGCUAUGUGGUGCACAACAGCAUUACAGCAAAAUCACGUGUACUGUACGUCUAUGCUCCCUUGUCUAUGCCCUCACCUUCAACAACCUGCACUAACCAUCGUGGCGAAGUACAGAAAAAAACACGACCCUCAUCCAGCAGUGCAAUGAAAGUGCCGUGCAUGUGCAAAAGCACUGUUUACUAAUGAUUAAAUACAAUAAAAUAACGUCCAGCAAAACUACUGCACUUCCUCAUUUUCGAGAUUGGUGUAUAUAUCAGUUACCCUCCACACACUUCCUGCUCAUUGGAUCAGUUGUGCUGUGGAAGAAUCCAUAUUUCUGAUCAAGACGUAGUUACAGAGGUGGUUGUGCAAGGGGUGUGGACACGUCUCAUCUUAUCCAUAUAUUGGCAAAAUUAAAGGACGCUUGACCCGGACAGCAAUGAAGACUGACUUGAAGUGGAGAGACAUGAAGUUAAUUUUCUUCUUGUGUCUCCUGAAUGGAGUGCCCGCUGCUGGAAAGCACCCAGAGAUUCGUCGCUGGUGGCCCAGCACUCUGCCUUGUGACGUCAAAGUGUCCCAAAAAACGAACACAUCCGAUGCGGACAUUAAACUUUCCUGCGACAAUAGAAAUUUGUAUAACGUGCCAAAGAACAUCCCAGCAAACACCACAAUAUUGAUCUUAAGUGACAAUAAUAUCAAGCUGGUUCAACGAGAACAUUUUUUCGACUGUAAGGUCUCACUGAAGGAGCUGGAUCUAAGUGGAAAUUGUUGGCGAAUGUACCAUCAAAACUUACCAUCCACUCACUGCAACCAUACAUUCACCAUUGAAGAAGAUGCUUUCGUUGACCUGCUGAAUUUAACUUCACUCAGUCUGAAUAGAAACAGCCUCAUACUCAUUCCCAAAAAGCUGCCAUCAAGUCUGAAAUCGCUAUGGCUGGAAUUCAACCACAUUACAACUUUACGCAGCGGAGAUUUUUCUGGCUUGCACAAUCUUCAAAAUCUACACUUGUGUUGUAAUUGUUACUUGUCAAACGCUUGCUACAAAUCGUUCAAUAUAUCACAAGAUGUUUUUACCCUACCAAAUCUUACUUUCAUAGAUUUAUCCAAUAACAAUCUAACAGAUGUUAAGCUGAAUCUUUCAACAACAAUACGAAAUCUCGUCAUUGGCAACAAUGACAUUAGGAAAUUAAGAAGACAGUAUUUCCAUGGCAUGAUGCACUUGGAAUCCCUGGAUGUGGCCUUGAACUGCCCACGGUGCAUCACUGCAUCCUUCCCCUGCAAACAAUGUCCAAACAAUGAACCACUAGAUAUUGACACGUUUAUUUUUUCUGACAUGCCACUUUUAACCCACAUAGACUUAGCUAGCACGUCACUCAAGAAGAUCCCACCACAGCUGUUUGAGAACAACACUCACAUGACAUAUUUAGAUCUGUCAUAUAAUUAUUUGGGUGGUGAAAUUGAAAAUGGCAUAUUUCUAAAUUACUUGCAACGAAUAGAGCAUUUAAAUCUAUCCUUUAAUUAUUACUUUGAAAAGUAUCCAGUUGAGCUGAAACUUUCAUCAAAUUUUGCCAAUCUCACUUAUUUAAAAUAACUUAUUUUGACGGGUCUUAUUUUUCAGUAUCUGCAUAUAAACAAUUUAAA